AUGAAGAGGAAGAGGCGAUCUGAAGAUGUGCUGGGAGUUACUGUGGAUGAGGAGAAGACAGUGAGAGAGGGAGAGACUGUUACUCUACACACUGGUUUUACUGGACUACAGAGUGAUGUUCAGAUACAGUGGUUUCAUGGCUCUGUUGGUCCAGACACAAUAAUAGCUCAGAGUCAGGUCGUCAGAGGAGAGAUUAUAACAGAUUACAGUGAUAGAUUCAGAGACAGACUGCAGCUGGACAGACAGACUGGAUCUCUCACCAUCAGGAACAUCAGCACCACAGACUCUGGAGUUUAUAGAGUACAAAUCAUCAGUGGAAAACUUUCAGAGAAGACUUUCAGUGUCACUGUCUAUGCUACUGUUCCUGCUCCUCACAUUAGAGUCAAACUGCAGAGUCGUCAGACUGCAGCUGUCAGUGGAUCAUCUGGUCCAAAGUGUUCAGUGGAGUGUUCAGUGGAGAAUGGGAGAGAUGUGACUCUGUCCUGGUACAAAGGGAAAGAGAUACUGAACCAGACCAGCAGCCCUGAUCUCAGCACCACCCUCUCUCUUCCUCUGAAGAUAGAAGAUCAGGACAACAACAUCUACAGCUGUGUAGCUGCUAACCCAGUCAGUCAGCAGACAGCACGACUCAAGAAAGAACUAUGUCCUCACAGCCCUGAGGAAGCUUUAGAGCAGGAGUUUGUGCUGUUCCCAGAGUCUGUAGGGAUGUAA